CAUGUUCAUGCACUUGUGGCAUUUUCUUCUGUCCAUAGCGUUAGCAAAUACUCACUCGUAAAAGUGAACAAGCAGCCGAAGCACGCUUUCUGCUUUACAAUCAACCACCGAGCCGAGCGAUUCAGCAAAUUCUCCCUACAAAUUUCUGAUCUCAUGUUCUAAUUCCUUCUUAUUUUGUUGGGCACUACGAUACAGAAUUUACCCAGUAUUUGAGGGCAUGGCUGGCGUGGAGUUCUUGAUGCUGCUGUCAGUGAUGGCGGCAGCCGCCGUAGCCCUCCCGGCGGUGAAGGAUGCCUCCGGGACAUUUCCGAAUGGGGUCAUAACUUUGGAAAGGGCUUUCCCGGCGAACGAGAAGGUGGAGGUCGAGGUGGUUAGAGCUCGGGACCGGUUAAGGCACGCUCGAAUGUUGCAGAGUCUUUCCGGUGGCAUCGUCAAUUUUUCGAUUGCGGGGUUGGCGGAUCCAACCUUCGGUCUUUAUUAUGCCAACGUCAAAUUGGGGUCUCCACCGAGAGAAUACAAUGUGCAGUUCGACACUGGAAGUGACCUCCUGUGGCUUGCAUGCACUUCCUGCCAAGGUUGUCCAAGGAGUAGCGGCCUUGGGGUCGACCUCAACUUCUAUGAUGCUGCCAGCUCAUCCACUGCUUCACUCAUUUCUUGUUCGGACCAUAUCUGUUCUUCUAUUACUCAAACAGCCUAUGCCGAAUGCUUUUCUGAAAGUAAUCAGUGCGGUUACUCAUUCCAAUAUGGAGAUGGAAGUGGCACGGCUGGCCAUUAUGUAUCUGAUGUGCUAUACUUUGACAUGGUCAUGGGUAACUCACUGGUCAUGAAUUCUUCAGCACAAGUAGUUUUCGGGUGUAGUACCUCACAGUCGGGGUCUCUGACUAAUGGAUAUAGAGCAGUUGAUGGGAUCUUUGGGUUUGGCCAACAGGGCCUUUCUGUUAUAUCACAAUUGUCAUCACUUGGGAUUACUCCCAAAGUUUUUUCACAUUGUUUGAAAGGAGAAGAAAUGGGUGGAGGGAUUUUGGUUCUUGGUGAAAUUUUGGAUCCAAGAAUCAUUUAUACACCCCUCGUUCCAUCACAGCCUCAUUAUAAUUUAUAUAUGCAGAGCAUUUCUGUGAAUGGGCGAGUAUUGCCUAUUGAUCCGGCAGUGUUUGCUACAUCCGGAGAUCGAGGAGUCAUUGUAGAUUCUGGCACAACUUUGGCUUAUCUUGCCUCUGAAGCCUAUGAACCCUUUAUCAAUGCUAUAAAUGACCUGGUUUGGCAGUCUACCAGUCCCUUUGUAUCUAAAGAAGGGAUAAAGUGCUAUGUCGUUAAUGCGAGCAGCAGCAGCAGCAUAACCGACAUAUUUCCCCCAGUGGUUUUGAACUUUGAUGGUGGUGCGACCUUGGUUUUAAGACCAAGAGAUUACCUUUUCCGUUAUGAUCAUCUCGACCGUAAUGAAGUAUGGUGCAAUGGCUUUCUGAAACAUGAGCUUACAAUUUUAGGAGAUCUUGUUUUGAAGGAUAAAAUCGUUGUUUAUGAUAUAGCCAAUCAGAGGGUUGGAUGGGCCGACCAUGAUUGUUCCACAACGGUUAAUGUGUCCAUAACAUCUGGCAAGGAUGAAUUCACCAAUGCCGGACAGCUGAGUGUGAACCGUUCACCAAGAAGCGCGUUCCAUAAAACGCACAUAUUGUUUCUGAUGAUCGGUUUCUUAUUAUAGUGACUCACGGUUUCCUAUCCAAGUGAUUUUUUCCAAUUCAUAGCCAUAGCAAAGGCAGCUCACUGGCAACUGUGUAUCUCCUCUUAUCAUUAGGUCACUACCUGAAGUUGUGCUUUUUACUCAUCUAACUGGAGAUCAAAAGCUUCCAAUUUGUGUUGUAAAUUAUGUUUGUAGUUGGGUGAUAAUCAAGGUAUAAUGCUUUGUAAGCAUGGCUGGUUCCAUUUUUUGUUUUUGUUUUUUGGAUACAUGCAAUUAGGGUUUGUUGAUGAACAAGGAUUUUGUAUAUAGAUAUCAUUUGUUGCAAAUGCAAAGUAGUUAUUUUAUGUGAGAAA